AUGAGACUACUGGUAUUACUGCUGUUGUACGUCUGUAAAGUUCUAGCUGAUGUUUCUGUCACGGUUCCAAAACCAGGUUCUUCUUACGCUGCUUCUGGUGGUGAAGUCGAAAUUGAAAUCCAAUGGACUGACGACGAGACGACCCCACUGUUAGAUGAGAUCAUCGAGUACAAAUUCGUCUUAUGUACUGGUUCGGAUUCUAAUAUCGUACCUGUUGACACUUUGGGUCCAUUCAAGCCUUCCGAGGUGAGUGAUUACAAGUACCAAGCCAGUUUCCCAGCCACCACGGCCCCAGACGGGACAUAUUUCAUUCAGAUCUACGCCGCGUAUAAGGAAGGAUACACGAUUCAUUACAGUGGUCGUAUGAAAUUGUCAGGUAUGGACGGUACCUUGAGUGUCAGUGCAGAAUCUGUGACUGACACUGAUGGUCCUCCAAAGCAGAUAUCUCUUGAUGCGGCUUCAGUAGAUACAAGAUCUUUCACUAUUCCAUAUACCAAACAAACGGGUAUUUCCAGAUUUGCUCCAAUGCAACAACAACCGGGUUCUACUGUAACUUUGGAGACUUGGUCAAGAAGAUACGCGACAAGUGCGGUGUCUUACUUCCCUUCGCUGAUCAAUUCUUUGCAGCAAAAAACCACCAUCACCCCAGGUUGGUCAUACACAAGACCUUCAGAUUACAACUAUGCAACCCCUGCACCAUUCCCCACCGAGAAUGGUGGAUGGUACGAUCCUAAAGACAGACAGACUAUGAGUGUUAGGAAAUUGAAUGUGAAGAGAGCUAUUUGA